AUGACUGAGGUGGUUCUCUCCGACAUGGGCUUCAACUAUCCUAUCGUGCUGAGCUCAUUCUACACGGCGAUAAACUGGGCCGGCACGGCCGUCUUCCGGCGCGAGAGGAAGACCAGCAAGCAGGCGUUCGACCGGCGACAGUGGACCCUGGUCUCGCUCCUGUCGGUGUCCACCGCCCUCAACACGCUCGUGGGACGGGCCAACAUCGCCGUCCCGACAACGUUCGACCAGAUGCUGCAAGCCGUGGGGCCGCUGUUAGUCCUGCUGCUUGCCACGCGGGUGUUCAAGCGCUCGGUCUCGAUGGAAAGAAAGGUGGCGGUGAUCCCAAUCAUGGUUGGGGUGGCGAUGACAUGGUACAGCGAGAUGGAGGUUUCGAGAUCGGCGUUCACGGUUUCGGCGGUGUGCAUCGUGCUGAACGCGAUAAAGGUGGUGAUCAACUCGGAGAUGCUUACGGGGGAGUACAAGAUGUCGACGUUCGCCCUGGUGCACGGAGAGGUGUCGGGCGUGGUGGGUCGGUGGAGGGAGAUCUCUAUGGGCUGGGCGCCUCACGUGAUCGCCUUGACGGGGAUCGCGUCGUUUGUCUUGACGGUCAUGUCCUUGCACGCCACCAAGUUCGCGACGCCCCUCACCGUCAGCGUGUUGGGCGCGCUGAAGCAGAUCUUGGUUGUAGCGUUCAGCGUCUUGCGCAUGAACCGGUCCGUGUCUCGCCUGAACGUUCUCGGCCUCGUCUUGGUACUCGUCGGUGCGGUGAGGUACACCAUCGUCAGCAGAAGCGAGCGACGAAGCCGCGAGAAACGCGGCGCAACCUCCGCCGGUUCGGCGGGAAACAAGGCGUCUGUUUUGCCUACGACUGUGCCCAGCAUCGGUCCUAGCGACGCUAGGGUGAUGGUGAACGGUAAGAGAGCUGAGGCGAAAAGGGGUGACGGUGACAUCAGGAGGGGGGGGGGGGUGGGAGAUUUCGAGGGCGAUGGCGUGGGGAAGGGGCUGGUGGGGCGGCGAGAAGGGUGACGCUUCGCGCCGGGACAGAUAGCGGGGUGGCAGCCGCCGGACACCGGAGAACAACGAGAGAGAGAGAGAGAGAAAGAGACUGCUCUCACAAACACAAAUGGGUUACUGCUGUACAUGAUGAGGGAGUCACCGUGAUCCUGGCUCCAGGGUUAUGUAGCCGUGAUAGACAAAUGGUACCAUGGGGCGCUACUAGAAGGGUUCCUCAACAACGGCGGGAGUCUCUCCACUUUAUCGCCGUAGCAAGGACACCUGUAAGUCGAUGUGUCAUGGUGGAGGGAAAACGAGGACGGUGGCGAUGUGCCCCUAGAAUGCUCUUCGCGGUUCUUGGUCGAACUAGUUUUGUGGGUGGUGCGGCAUGCAGUUUCUGUCGGGUGAUGUUGGUGUGCCCUCGCUAACAAAAGACCGACCUACAGUUAUUGUUGGUGGUGGUGGUGGUGUGCCCUUGUAAACAACAGAGCUUGUGUCAUGUAGACUGAAUAUGUUUUGGCAGCGGCGCGAUACCUACCCUGCGGGGGGGGCGUUUUCUUUUUCGGUGCUUCGCGGAUUCCAAGCGAGAGCGCUUUUUUCAGUUUGUGUCGCAACAGUUGGUUGUCGUGUGCAUAUGGUCGUAUCCCAUCCCAUUGCCAAGAGAGGAAUGAGAGAUGAAGAAGACAAGCGUCCACCAACAGCAUCCAAACGUAUCUAAGCACUCAUGGAACCUGGUGAGGGCACGACUCUCUAAGGAAUCCACCGGGCCCCCUAGUUUUCCCUGCUCCGUUGUAUCAAUACCUCCACCCCCUUGUAUUGUGUUGUUCUUCCCGGUUCCUAGGAUGACUUUGCGGUUCUUUGUUCAUGGAUUGACGGUUCCUCCGCACCGGAAGGUCGUUACGGUUCGUUACGGCGUCCAUACGUUUCAAAGGAUAAGUUUCAAAGGAUGUUGUAUGGGAUUGUGUGUUGUGAUGUGCGCGUGUAAGUUGGAGUGUAAAGAGUGGAGCUGCGCGAAACAGAGAUGACAAUAGCUUUAAAACGUAUUUUACCACCUGGUAGGCAGGAUUCGCGCGAGAAUAGCACUCAAGUAUGAUUAAAUAAGGAGCUCAAGUCAUUUGAAGUAGGGAGUGACUUUAAGGUG